CUCUCUCUCUCUCUCUCUCUCUCUCUCACACACACAUACACUUACAUUGUCUCUCUGACACACACACUCUCUUUCUCUCUCUCAGCUCCAAAGGAUCAACACAUUUCUCCCGCUGCACUGAGGAUCCACACCGCUUUCUGCAUGUAAUCAUUUGUAUCCUGUUCAAUUUUGCUCCACGGAUUUCUGACAUCACAAGUCCUCAAGAACCCAAACCGCUGGGAUGAAAUAAAAGCGCGAGCGAGUGUCCGGAAUACUCCAGGACUGUUUCUCAUUCAGAGGAUUUGUCAAGAUCAUUUCCUUCAUUCUUCACCGGCUCUCACAUUAUGAGCAAAACUUUGGUGGGUUUGGAUAUUUGGGAGAGUGGAGUUUGGGGGGGAACAAGUUUGGGAUCUGCCAUGAAUUUGCAGGCACUCGGAUGAAGUCGCGAGCUUUCUAAAUGCGUCUUCCCGAGCAGACGAGAACAAUGAGCAGCGGCUCGGGCAACUUUCUGCUGGUUCCCAUACCGGAGUACCCGGGCCUGGAUUGUGUGCCUAAUAAAAAUGUGAAAAUAGUCGUUCUUGGAGCUAGCAACGUCGGCAAAACAGCUCUAAUAGUACGAUUUCUGACCAAGAGGUUUAUUGGAGAUUACGAAGCCAACACAGGGGCCUUGUAUUCAAGAAAAAUCAAUCUUGAUGGGGAGCAAGUUUCUUUACAAGUGCAAGACACUCCGUGCGUCUCGCUUCAGGAUGAUUCAGAAGGUCUGUACUGCCAGGAGCAGAUAAACCGCUCCAUCUACUGGGCAGAUGGAUACGUGCUGGUCUUUUCCAUCACGGACAUGCACAGUUACCAGACCAUUCAGCCCCUCUAUGAGCAUGUGCGACGCAUCCAUCCGAGCGGCAACAUCCCUAUCAUCCUGAUAGGCAACAAGAACGACCUCCUGCGGGCGCGACAGGUACCUACAGACGAGGGCCAGGCUCUAGCAGCUGAGCUCGGAGGACACUAUUUUGAGGCUUCGGCCCGGGAGAACCAUGAGGGUGUGCAGGCAGCAUUCCUACACUUGUGCCAGGAGGUGAGCAGGGCACUGGGAGGGGUGAACGGUGAGAAGAGGAGGGGAGGACUGCACCUUGCUCGGCCAAAAAGUCCCAACAUGCAAGAGCUGAAAAGAAGGUUUCGGCAAGUGCUGUCUUCUCGAGGGAAAUCGACAACUGCAUUGUGACGACAAUGUCAUGCCAGUGAUUAAUUCAUGGGCCUGUUAGUGGAGUCGCUGAGUUAUUUUACACAACAGUUUUGACUAGAGGAAUAUUGAAUGUGUUGGUUUUCAUACAGACAACCUUUGCUUGGAAGAACAUAUUAUAUUAAACUCAUGUUUCAACAUAUGUUGAAUAAUAUAGUGAUAUGUAAUGAUAUCUUUGGUGAUGUAUCAUAUAAUUACAAAUAAAGAUACAAAGAUUCUUUUAUCUUUUUUCUAAAAACAAA